ACGACUCAUAAAGAUUUACGAAGGGUUUAAAUGUAGAAGGUUCAAAAACCCUAGUUAUUAACGCCCCUCGUCAAAACUUUAUCAGCAGCCUUCGGAAUUCAAAAACAAGCUCCUGUUCUUCGCUAUCUCGGCUGAAUUCUUCGAACGACUCAAAGGAAGUAACAAAUUCGCUUUGAAUCAGAUGAAGUGAGCUAUUUCUGCUAAGUACCAAUUCUUCAUUGGAAUUUGUUACUCGGUAUUCAUUAUUCCUCCCUUUUAGAGCUUUGAAGCACUUCGCUUCUCUUUUUGAGUUUGUUAUGGCGUAUACAUUGACCGUCCAGAAUUAUAUGGUAACACUUAAUGGUAUCCAUGAAUGUUUCAAGCAAGAGUAUGUUAGUACUGGUAGUGGCCAAUGCUUGAUGGAAAAAGAAAAACCAUUUUCUGUACACUUGAGUUGUUUGUGCAAGUCUAGUUGCAGUAGUUCAUAUAGCUAUCAUUGGAGUGCAACUCCUGGUUUAGGAAGAAAACAACGGGUUUUGCGUUGUAAAGGAGUGCAGAGUAGUGUUUGCAUUGAUAGAGUUGAUGAUGCAUACAAAGAUGAAUUAACUUUGAAUGGUCAUGAGACAGAGGUUGGGAGAAAUUUUGUUGAGAAAGUGACUAAAAAGAGGCUUAGUUCUCAUAAUGGUUCAUCGGUGUAUAUGGAUGGGCCCUUUAUUGGAAAUGAUGAAGAAACUAACAAUAUGAUUCUACAAAAAUUCUGCACCAUGGGGAAGUUGAUGGAAUCAUCUAGGUUAGUCGAUAUUAUGGCUUGUCGAAACCAGAUUCCAGACUUCCAUUGUUGUGUAAAAUUGAUUCGUGGGCUUGUGAAGAUUGAUGGAAUGGAUAAAGCUGUACAAGUCCUGAAAAUCAUGGUGAUGUCUGGUGGCGUUCCAGAUGUUAUUACGUACAACAUGGUGAUCGGUGGUUUAUGCAAGAAAGGACAUUUGGAAUCUGCCCUCGAGCUCUUGGAUGACAUGAGUUUGAGUGGCUGCCCCCCAGAUGUGGUUACAUAUAAUGCAGUAAUCCGCCACAUGUUUGACAAUGGAUGUUUCGAUCAGGCUGUUGAAUUUUGGAAGGAACAGGUCAGGAAAGGAACUCCUCCUUAUUUAAUUACUUACACAAUCCUCAUUGAACUAGUCUGCAAGCACCUUGGAACGGUUCGUGCUAUUGAAGUAUUGGAAGAAAUGGCCAAUGUGGGCUGUUAUCCUGAUAUUGUCACAUACAAUUCCUUGAUCAACGUAACCUGCAAACAGGGAAAAUAUGAAGAUGUAACUUUAGUUAUAGAUAACCUUCUUUUCCAUGGAAUGGUACCCGAUGAUGUGACUUACAACACCCUUCUCCAUUCACUUUCGAGGCGUGGGAGUUGGGAUGAAGUUUAUGAACUCUUAACAAUCAUGAAUAACAAUUUGCAGCCUCCAACAGUCGUCACUUACAACGUCUUGAUCAAUGGUCUGUGUAAAAAUGGACGUUUAGAUUGUGCCAUCAACUUCCUCAAUCAAAUGUUUACCUACAAUCGUCUGCCUGACAUUAUAACGUACAACACUCUACUUGAUGCCCUUAGCAAGGAGGAUAUGGUAGAUGAGGCUUUUCAAUUGCUUCAUCUUUUAAUUGGCACAAACUGUUCUCCUAGUUUAAUUUCCUACAAUACUGUGCUGAAUGGAUUAUCGAAAAAGGGCUACGUCGAUGAAGCAACGAGUUUAUACAACCAAAUGAUACAAAAUGGGAUCCUGCCAGAUGACACCACCCAACGUUCUCUAAUUUGCGGAUUUUGUCGAUCGAACAAAUUUGAAGAAGCUGUGGAGAUAGUGAAAGGAUUUCUUAAGGAAGGAUACAGAGUCAAUAGUCGUUCUUACAGAUAUCUGGUUCAUGAACUGUGCAUAAAUAAGAAGGUGGAUCUUGCAAUACAAGUUCUGGAAAUGAUGUUAUCAAGUCGAUGUAAACCGAGCGAGAGAAUCUAUUCGACUAUAAUUAACAGCAUAGCGUCUGCUGGUUUAAAGGAACAGGCCGACGAGUUACGUCAGAAGUUGAUAGAAUGGAAGGUUUUAGGCAAGGAAGCAGUUUAAAACCAAGCUUCUUUUUUUUGUUUUUUUGGAAAGUUCAUACCUCAUGUGAUGCUCUACAUGAGAUUUAGGCGCAGUGGUUCCUCCUGGGAAGUUGUACAGUCUGGUUUAAGUUGUUAGCAAGGUGAAUCCAUGAAUAUUUGCUUCCUCCUUCCAUGGAAGAUGCCCGUUUUCUACUUCUAAAAAAGCUUGUUUCCAAGUUACUUGCAUUGAUUGAACUGAAUUUUCUAUGAUCAGAAAGUCUUUUGGUGCUUGCAGCAGGCUUAACAUCAUCUGUAAGUUAUACAACUCCGUCGGAAUGUUCUAAGAUAAUGCCAUUUCUAUCAAGAACGAAGACAGGUAGUUUCGUGCCUCUUAGUACACAAAUGAUCUCGACAAGAAAAUGAUAUAUGGAUGACCUGAAACUUUUGUACUCGAAUGAAAUUUGAACUUUUUUUUCGAACAUAUUUUUGUAACAUUUUGUUUGUGUCAUCGACCUUUUUCUUCGCACA